UUUUCGGCAGUUAUGCUGCCCAUUUUGACACUGUUGCCGAAAAUUUGCCCCAAAAUCAACUUUGUUCUAGGCUAAAUUGGACAUGCGGUAUACGGAAAUAGUUAAGAUCUUUAACACUAAAAGGGUUAUGCGCGCUUUGCUGCGCUGUUUGUAUUGUUGGGAUUUCAUAUUAUUUUUAUUUAUUUGGUUUGGCACGUGGGGGAGAUUAUGUUGUAUGUUUUUUUAAUAACGCGGUCUUGUAGUGUUUUUUUCUUGUGAAGGUAUGAUUCUGUGUUAUCUGUUGAUCAGCCAUAUGUAUGUGUGAAAGUUCCUUACGCUGAUUGUACUAUAUUGAUGCUACAGUGUCGCAUGCUGACGAUUCUUGUUUGCCAGGUGAUGAGAAGGUGUGCAUGACUCACAUGUUUUUGUAGACUAGUUGUUGCUGAUUGAUUUGAGAAUCAUUGAUUCGGUCAAAAUUAUGAACCAGAUCCGAAAUUGAACACCUCAAUUGAAUAAAUACGAUGAAACAAAUUCAAAAUAAUCUCAAUCAAAAUCGUUGAACUAGUCUAAAGCGACGAGUCGUGUUUCAUCCAAGUCUAAUAUGAUGACUCAUGAUUUUAGUUGCACUGUUCCAAGUUCAGUCCAAAUGGUAUGCUGAUAAUUUUUCAUAUGACUAGAUAAUUGUCUGUGUGUGGCAAUGAGAUAUAAAUAUUUAAUACGUUAGUCUAUGCUUUACCCGCCCAUAUUAAUGUAUUUUAGGAUUUUAUCAAACCCUAUCCAUUAUUUAUCUACCUAAAUAAAUUUUAGAAUUUUAUUGUUAAUCACUUAUUUGGUAAAAAUUUAUCGGUUUACCAAAGAAAACAUAAUUUAUUUGAUAAGUCUAUAUGCAUAUGAUUUACCUGACCAUAUUAAAAAUUUAUCGGUUUACCAAAGAAAACAUAAUUUAUCGGUUUACCAAGGAAAACCGUAUAAGUGUGUGUUUUCACUCGUUUUGGUGUAUUUAUUAAUUCCAUAUUAUAAUAUCCAAAACAUCUUAUAAUUUGGAAUGGAAGGGUACUUCUAAAAGAACGAGACCAUCCAAAACUAGCCUUUGGAGACAUAUUUUUUUUAAAGAAACUCUAAGCAUCACGGGUCACUCCGUGACUUGAACCCGGACGGGCUAGAUAGCUCCAUGCUCCAUGCUAUCCUAGCUUGUUCUCGGAGGGGUGCUUCUCGAAUUUAACAUUCACUAUAAUUGGGCUACUUGGCAAAUCCAAGUAUUCAGCUCUAUUUUCUUUUUCCUUGGCAGUAUGACAUAAUACUUCAAUUUAUAUCUUGUGGGACACGGAUGUGUUCUGAAUUCAAACAGGUAGGGAAAUGAUUAGUAUUCAAACUCAGAGAUACAAACACGUCGCACGUUAUUAGGUAGGCACACAAGGAGCGAGAGAUAGUCAUGACAUUAGUGUGUCAACCUACCAAGAAGGCGAGGGAGAAUACCAACCCCAUCUCGGAUGCAGCAAAGCCACUGGCACCAUUACACUUCACUUCUUUUUUCGCCAAUGCAGUACACUUUUGGGCACUACGCAUCAGUUGCUUCACAUGCACCACUGCGAGUGCGAGGUGAUCCAGCAGCCCAAAAAUGGAACACGGUACAAGUGAUCAAUGGCGGUCUCCAACACCCCGAAAAUAGAUCAUGGUACAGUGAUAAUUGCGCGGUCUUUUUCUUCCUCCCACAAACUGCCACUGGUUCUUCCUGCACCCCGCUUUGCUCUCACUCGGCCACAACCCCAAGCAGCAGUCCACCCGCAGGCAGCCGCUGUCAAGAGGGGUUGAUCCAGGCCGCCACCGCCGGCUGCGCUCUACCACGCCGGCCGCUUCCAGCAGCCAAGAGGCACGUGAGAUGGACGGCGUGGAAGGUUUUCAGUUCUUCCAGAUCAUACUUGAGAACUCCUCCAGCAGGCUGAGGCUGCCUGACAAGUUUACGAGGGUGCUGCUAGACGGCGGCAAGCCCCAGGAAGUGAAGCUGCGGGAAGCCGACCACGGGCGUCGCUUCUGGGACGCGAAGGUGGUGCUGGACGCCGACGGCCACAUGUACCUAGGGCGCGGCUGGGAGCAGUUCGCCGGUGCGCACGACCUGCGGCUCGGCUACUUCCUGGUCUUCAGCUUCGACGGCGACGCCGUGCUCACCGUCAAGGUGUUCGACGUGAGCAUGUGCCGCAGGCACUACCAGCACGAUGACGAUGGCAGUACCAGCAGUGGGAGCAGCAGCGACGGCGACAGUGGCAGCGAAGAUGGCAGCAGCAACGGCGACGGUGGCGGCAACAGCAGCAGCAUGGCGGUGAUGGGGAUCGACGACGGGCCGGCGUCGCUGUUCACCGUCAUGCUGAGGGAGUGCAACCUGGGCGUGAGGCAGAAGCAGUACCUGAACGUGCCGGUGGAGUUCCAGAACGCGCACGGGUACGCGGAGAGGAGCAAGGUGGAGCUGCGGAUGCGCGGCAAGUCGUGGUUCGUGAACCUGAAGCACAGCCCCCGGAGCCGUGGCAGGCCCCGCGCGUCGCUCAGGUACGGGUGGCACCAGUUCUGCGUCGACAACGGCCUCGGCGUCGGCGACACCUGCUUCUUCCGAGCUCUCGGCGAAGGCAGCGCCGGCGAGGUCCACCUUCUCAAGGUGGAGGUGAGGAAGCGAGACGGCAGCUUCCUGGUCUGAGGCGAGGGCGGUGGCCCCCGACCUCCGUUGCAUGCGUCAGCCUGGUUGGCCGGCGUGACCUCGUCCGUGGCCAUCGACCGGCACCACUCAGUGCGUUAUCAUGCUUGCUCAAUAAUAAUUGUAAGACCUUAAUUAUCGGUAGUUCGACUGAUGGUGCCACUAGCAGCGUGGGUAAACCUGGAUGAUGAAACUGUUCUUGUUGA